GUCGCGACGGUCUUCGCUCAUCCGAUCCGUACUCGAAGGGCCAAACGAGGGUUAUAACAACGACGAGAAAAUCUUUCAAAGUAAAUCACGCGAAAUUCAAUGGUAUAACGUGUGCCUAUUAUUUAUCGUCACGUUCAUUCCCAUCGUCGCUCGUCCUUCGUCGAUUUUCGUUCAAGAAAUUUGUCCUCCAUUAUCAAAAUAAUUUAUUUCAAGUCGAAUACGAGUGCGUUUACUCAUCGUAUUAAACGUCGAUCGCGAGUGCUAUAUUGGGAAAGUUAAACAGUUAUAAAAAAAAAAAAAAGGAAAGGGGAAAAAAAAACAAAAGAAACAGAAAUGAAAAAAAAUCGAUCGAUUCGUCCUUUCGCACUAUCGAAUAUUAUCGAUCGUCGUGCGUGAUAAAUCUACGUAAACGUUUACGUAAGACGCAUAUUUUAUUUUGUUCGUUUCGAUAAAAAAAAAAAAAAAAGAAAAAAAACAUACAUUACGAAGGAAUUGAUUUGUAUGCUCGACGUUAGAUUACAAAGGAAACAAGAGCGAUCUUUAUCCUUCAAACCGAGUGACACAUCGAUUUUGCGUAUCCUAGCGCGAAGUUCAGCAUUAUUGGAAAAGUACGACGAAGUACUUGAAGUAAAUUUAUAAGACACAGACUUUCCAUCCCGGGCGUUUCAUCAACCCUCUCUUUCUUCAACAUCUUCGUUCCCUUUUUCCCUUUGACGUUCAUCUUUCACUCUUUCACCUCGACCCUUUGCUUUCUUUGGAAGGCUAGCUUUUACCUUUUUAGAACUUCGCUCUAUUUCUUUCUGUCCUUCACUUUCAAGUUCUCGAUUAAAUUGCGAUUCAAAACUCAAUUCUAACCAGGUAAUAAUAAUGAUCGGAAGCUCUUACAACAAUUAUGAAUGUAGAAACUUUGCGGGCGAACCUUUGAAAGUUAGUUUCUAUUCGACACCCUGCCCCCCGUAGUCCUUUUCUAUCUUUCUCUUUCCCAAACUCUUUCCAUCUCACUUCAUCUAACUCCUGCCCUUUCUCUCUCUCUCUCUCUCUCUCUCUCUCUUCCUUCCUCUCUCUUUCUCUUUCUCUUUCUCUAUCUUAAAUCUGAUAACUUUCAAUAAACGAGAACGAACAAUGAAAUUUAUCUGUAGUAUCCAUGAAUCAAUCGACUGUUGAAUUGGAAUUCUUUUACAUAUGUACGCCCGUGGGGAAAGAAGUUCUUCCCUUUUACAAUUCGUAACCAUUUCGAUGGCGAUUCAACAAGCGUUGAAAUUAAUUGUCACGUUUUCAAACGCGAAAGCAUAUGUUUAAAGUCGUUACACAUAUGCGUAAGCACGUUUUCUCGGUAUACAGUGUAAUAUUUAAAUCAAACGUGUACGUUCAUUCAAAAACGUUAUAUUAGUUCGAUAUCACGCAAUGAAAACGAUCGAAUGGAAAACAAUAAUAUCGUAUCAAUGGACGACCUUUUCUGUAUUAAUAAACAUACCAGAUUGUGAUUGGAUAGGUAUACUCUCAAAAGCGUGUUUAUCAACAGAAUCUGAUUUGGUCCUAUACGUAAACACGUACUCUUCAGAACGUCAGUAUAUUAUCUGUUAAUCAAUCUACGAGGACGUAUUUUCAAUCUCUCUCGAAACGUCUUGAAGAAAAACUUUGGAUAUAAUUAAAAGACGUUCUCGUAAAGAAACUUGUAUCUUAAUCCCAGGAUAGAAGUUGGCCUGCAUACGCGUAUAGAUCUAUAGAAGGAUUCAAUUAAUCAUAGAUACAAGUUUGAAGUGGUUCACGAACAAGAUGAUUGGUCCGUGAGAAGCCUCAAGGGAUAUUGCGAAGAGUACGAGAGAGAUGGCAAUAGACCAAUCCUCCAAGCCCCUUGGAAAAAGGUUUCCGUUUGAUCUGGGCAGCAAAGCCACCGAAUAACAAGGCAGGCAAUAGGAUAAAGACCGAGUGCCGGAUGUAGUGAGUGCUUUCGAGAAUGGAGAAGAACGACUUAGAGACAGAAGAAAUAAGAUAAAGAGAAUUGGAAGAAGUAGAAGAAGAAGAAGAAGAAGAAGAAGAAAAAGAAGAAGUUCUUGGUUCUUCUACGAUACGUAAUUUGACCUUAAGAAGAAGAAUACGUUGAAAGUGGAAAAGAGAAAAGAAAGAAAUCGAAAGGAUCUGUUAGUACUUUAUGGGCGCUCUUGACGCCAAUGAUUUUGUCUUUCGAGAAGAGGAGAAGAACAAGAGGAAGAAUAUAUUUUGGCAUUCAUGAAAAAAAAAGAAAUAAAAUCUGUGAGAAGAUAAUGAAUGUAGGAGACCGUCCACUGUUGGAAUGCAAAUUUUUCCUCAUAAAAUUUCCAUCGAUGUAAAUCAAACUAUUUCCGCUCGUUAUACUCGAUCGAUCGUAUUGGAUUGUUGAAAUAAAAAAAACAAAGAAAAAAAAAAAGAAGAAAAGAAACAAACAAAUACUAUGCCGGGUCGUUAUAUAUUCAUUGACUAAAAGUUUCGCGUAAAGUGAAUAGGACGAGAGGAGUAUAGGACAGGGGAAAAUAAACCUGUAUACAUAUAUAUAUAUAUAUAUAUAUAUAUAUCAUUAUAAUGACAUAGGUGAUAUCGUGUGCUACUUAUGUCAUUAUUUUGACAUAGAACGCUGGAGAUAUAGUGACAUAGCGCGAUUACGUUGUGGUUCUUUGGAAGUUGAAAGGAAAAAGAAGAGGAGCAAAAAAGCAAAAUUUAAAGAGGAAAAGAGUGUGCGAGGAGCCAAGAAAGAUGAUAUUGAGGCGGAGAACUGAUUGAAGGAGAAGAAGAGAGAGAAAGAGAGAGAGAGAUGGCGACGAAUAUGGACACUAGUGUAACGAGUGUGGCGCGUUGGAGUUUAUGGUUUGGUGCUGUACUCCUCGCAACAGCGUCCUUGGUCUAUUCUCAGGUCACGUGGACGCCGAUCUACGUUGGCGGACACAGCGGAUCCGAAAGAAAAGUGGACCUUUGGACGCAGAGCACAACGGGCUGUGCUUGCAGCUUCAAUUCGUCUAGCAACGAGUGCGCUUGUUGCGUACCCUCCGGUGGUUGCAGCUGCGGCACAGCUUCGCCCAACAGGUGCGCUCAAUGUGGCCUCGAGCAACACUGCGCCAACAUGUGCAAUAUAACGCUGGAUAGCAGAUUGUUAUUCAGUAAAUCGGAUCGUGGUUUUGGACAAAUAAAAUCGCCGUAUCUUGAAGGUCCUUCAAGGUGUACGUACAGAUUCGUCCCGGAUACUGGACAGAGAGUCGAAUUACAGAUCUAUCGUCUAGUUUCUAUUGGACGUCACAACGGCUCCGCGUGCCAGGGUGGCUGGCUUCAAUUCGAGGGUGGAGCUCGAGUCUGCGGUCGCAACAAACGAUUCGACCGACCGGUCGUCCUCUUUUCCGACAAGCCGGUCGCGACCCUUCACAUGCAAAUAAACGAGAACACGACGAGAUCCCAAUUCUUGGCAUACUUCAGUUUCUCAUCCAAAGCGAGUACGUCCGUUGGUUGGCCAGUAAAAGGUGGACAUCCGGUUAACAAUACAGAAUGCGACUGGGUUUAUGAGAACACUGAUUGUCACGACGGAUGCGUUCUAGCUAGUCCAGGAUAUCCUGGCCUAUAUCCGCCGAACAUCCGGUGUCGGUAUCUCAUAACUUCUGGUCCACGAGUCUCCAUCGCCAUCAACUUUACCGGCGUUCUACUUCCGCACAAUCAUUGUACCAGCGACUAUAUCGCCGUUUAUUCGGGUCCAACGACCUCAAGUCCGCUCCUGAAAAUGCUCUGUGGCAAAGAGAAAGCAUCGAUGAUGUACAACGGGCAAGAAGUACUCGUUGAAUUUAGAGCUGGCCCAGAGGUAUCUCCAUUUGAUUACAAUGGUUUCGUGGCGACGGUAAAUUUCAUUGAAAUCACAACCGAAAUACCUAAUACGAUUACCCCAGAACCGGCCAAUAAAACUUCGGAUAUCAUGAAAUCGGCUGGGAAUCAUUUUUACAACGUAAGAUAUAACAAUCGUGACACUGACGAACAUCGUAAAGAUCAAGGAUCCUUGACUGGAUAUAGCUGUGACCUUGAAGUAAACGGGGAGAAAGUUCGUUCAGGUCAUCACGAUACAAGAGGAAAGAUCAAGUCAACAACCUGCCGGCUCGUUCUUCGUGGUGGUACUUAUCAUACCGGACACGUUUCCUUGACCAGUUAUAAUCUCAGCGCGCAAUCGUGUCAAUCGAUGAUCGAGAUAUUCGACGGUAUACCGGAAGGUGGAAUAGCGAACACGGUGAAGUCCCUCGUACGAAUUUGCAGUCCGGCACAAAGGCUACCACGAGAGUUUGCUCGACGAGAUGAAUACGUCGAACCAAAGCGAUACUCAUCCAACGGUAGAGACAUGACGGUGGUCUUAAGACGAGCCACAAACAAUACUACUGACGAAGAAUACAUGGACGUAUCUUAUUAUUUUCACAACGAACGCGAAGGUGGUACCCAACAACCCGGAAGCUUAUGCGACGUAGAAUAUUAUGGAUUAACUUCAUUGGAGGAAGGUACCGUUGUACAUCCAGAACCACAUCGAUUGUUCGCCGUAGAGGGCCCAGCAAAAUGCAAACAACAUUUUAUUCCUGCGACCAAUCAGUCGGUCAUUAUAACCGUGGAAAGCAGUUCAAAACAGAUAUCGAAUAAUCUCUGCGAAACGAAAUGCGGCGACAGCGGGUGUCAUUGCGUCAGUAAUAAAUCAUUGGAGAAUAUGGAUCAUCUUCUGCUCGUCUCUGAAACUGGUCAUGUCGUCACCUGUCUCUGCGGAAACUAUCAGGACUGGCUGCCAGUAGGAAUAAGAAGUUGGACACCGGUUUAUAUCGAAUGGUCGAGAUUUUCGAUGGGUGGACUGAAUUUUCGUGCCGCUUAUAAGUUCGUCAAGGAUACUUAUUGCGGUGAUCACACGACGAGAAAACUUGAGGGCGAGGUGAACGGUGGCGACCUAGCUAAAGCUGGCUUAAAGCUCAAUCAGUAUUAUCAGCAGAAGUGUACUUGGAUCUUAGAAUCUCUGACCGAUCGACAGAUUACCAUCGAGGUGAAGUCCAAUCAGAGUAGACCAUGUACGGCAUGGAAUCUCACCAUUCAUAAGUACAACGAAAACGGUGAUCCCGCGGGAGAAAGAUUGCACACAUUUUGCUCGAGGGACGUGCACAAAAAUUUCACGCUACCUUGGAAGGAGAAUACCGCUGUAGUUAGAUUACAAGCCUUGGGUAGAACAGCGCCUCAAUAUACCAUGAAAUGGAGAAGCCAUACUGUUAUCGCUAAUACCCGACAAAGUGGACCAUCGCCAGCACCAAAUCACAUUACCGAUUCCUCGAUUAAUAUUAAACCAAAAAAGAAAAUUAUUUUCACCUUCCUCCUGAUAUUAUUAUUGAUCUAUUCGAUCGAUUGUUGAGGAUUUUCUAUUCCUUGGCUAAUCACGAUCUAAACGUUCCUGUUAAUUAAACGAGCCUAAAUUUUACGUUGUGUAUAUAAAAUAUGUCGAUAAAGAGAAAGAAUUUAAUUAACGUUAACGUUCAAUCUGAAGUAACUUUGACAAUUCAAAAGAAAAAAAGAAAGAGAGAGGGUUAGAGAGAGAAAUAAAAUGUUAAUCAAGUCCACCAUGAUACAUGAGAUUUUACAAAUGUCGACUAUAUUAUUAUUAUUUUACAAAGAAAUUAUUGUCGAAUCUAUCGACAAAUAUAUACGGGUAUAGUUUAUCUUUUGUAAACUUUAUUUUACCGAGAGUAAUCACUUUUGUUUUUAGUUCUUUUUUUUUUUUUUUUUUUUUUUUGUUGAUCAAGAAUAAAGAAAUACCUUUAAAUAACACGUAAACUCGUAUUCGCACGUAUACCCGUAUAAGAUUUAAAAAUUUAUCAAAAUCGUUUUCUACAAUAAAAAAAGGAUAAAUAAAUAAAUAAAAAGAAGAAAAAAGGAAAGGAAAGAAAAGAGGAAGAAAAAAAGUGGAUUUAGAUAUCGUGGAUAGAUUGAUAAAAAAAUUCUUUGUAAUAUUGUUCGGUAAAUUAACUGAUACGACAAACACGUAGAAGUUUAUAAUAUAAAAAUCACAUUAAAAAAAAAAUUAAUAAAAGAAGAUGGAAGUGUCUGGCAAAAUCGACUAUCUUGUAAAACUAAAAGCUAUAUCAAGCUCUAAAUCACACAGUGAAUGUAAAUAUUAUAUAUAUAUAUAUAUAUAUAUAUACAUAUACAUAUACAUACAUAUAUACAUACAUAUAUAAAUAUACAUAUACAUAUAUACAUAGAAAAUUGAUUUGCAACAAAGGCGAUGCACGGAUUUGAAUUAUCGAAAAAACACACAUUCUCUAUAGCGCGAAUGCCAAAUUAGACGCGUAAGAAAAAGAUUUAAGAAAAAGAAAAAAAAAAAAGGGAAAAAAAAGAAAAAAG